CUCGGGCUAACGUCUCACCAGAAGCUUCUGGGGAUUUUUCCGGCGCGGAGCAUUGUGGGCUUGGGUGGGCGGCCCCUAGGCGGAGAACUGACGAGUUGCGGGAACCCGAAGCCGCUUCCAAGAUGAUGCCCACACCAGUUAUCCUGUUGAAAGAGGGUACUGAUAGCUCCCAAGGCAUCCCUCAGCUCGUGAGUAACAUCAGUGCCUGCCAAGUGAUUGCCGAGGCUGUAAGAACCACCCUGGGUCCCCGUGGCAUGGACAAACUUAUUGUGGAUGGCCGAGGCAAAGCAACAAUUUCUAAUGAUGGGGCCACAAUUCUGAAACUCCUCGAUGUUGUCCAUCCUGCAGCAAAGACUUUAGUGGACAUUGCCAAAUCCCAAGAUGCUGAGGUUGGUGAUGGCACCACCUCAGUGACCCUGCUGGCUGCGGAGUUUCUGAAGCAGGUGAAGCCCUACGUGGAGGAAGGUUUGCACCCUCAGAUCAUCAUCCGAGCUUUCCGCACAGCCACCCAGUUGGCUGUUAACAAAAUCAAAGAGAUAGCUGUGACUGUGAAGAAGCAGGAUAAAGUAGAGCAGAGGAAGAUGCUAGAGAAGUGUGCAAUGACAGCCCUGAGCUCCAAGCUGAUCUCCCAGCAGAAGGCCUUCUUCGCCAAGAUGGUGGUUGAUGCUGUCAUGAUGCUUGACGAGUUGCUGCAGCUUAAAAUGAUUGGCAUCAAGAAGGUGCAGGGUGGAGCCCUAGAGGAGUCUCAGCUAGUGGCUGGUGUUGCAUUCAAGAAGACGUUUUCUUAUGCUGGGUUUGAAAUGCAACCCAAGAAGUAUAAGAACCCGAAGAUUGCCCUCUUAAAUGUUGAGCUGGAGCUAAAAGCAGAGAAAGAUAAUGCUGAAAUCAGAGUCCACACCGUGGAGGAUUACCAGGCAAUUGUUGAUGCCGAGUGGAACAUUCUCUAUGACAAGUUAGAGAAGAUCCAUCAGUCUGGAGCCAAAGUCAUCCUGUCUAAACUCCCCAUUGGGGAUGUGGCCACCCAGUACUUUGCUGAUCGGGACAUGUUCUGUGCUGGCCGAGUGCCUGAGGAGGAUCUGAAGAGGACGAUGAUGGCUUGUGGAGGCUCAAUCCAGACCAGUGUGAAUGCUCUGAAUACAGAAGUGCUAGGCCGCUGCCAGGUAUUUGAAGAGACCCAAAUUGGAGGAGAGAGGUACAAUUUCUUCACUGGCUGCCCUAAGGCCAAGACUUGUACCAUCAUCCUCCGUGGUGGCGCUGAGCAGUUUAUGGAGGAGACAGAGAGGUCCCUACAUGACGCCAUCAUGAUUGUGAGGAGGGCCAUCAAGAAUGACUCUGUGGUGGCUGGAGGUGGAGCCAUUGAGAUGGAGCUUUCCAAAUACCUGCGGGAUUACUCGAGGACCAUCCCAGGGAAGCAGCAGCUGUUGAUUGGGGCAUAUGCUAAGGCCCUGGAGAUUAUCCCACGACAGCUAUGUGACAACGCUGGCUUUGAUGCCACAAACAUCCUCAACAAGCUGCGGGCUCGACAUGCACAGGGGGGCAUGUGGUAUGGGGUGGACAUCAACAAUGAGGACAUCGCUGACAACUUCCAAGCAUUUGUGUGGGAGCCAGCCAUGGUGCGCAUCAACGCUCUGACAGCAGCUUCUGAGGCUGCAUGCCUUAUUGUGUCUGUGGAUGAGACUAUCAAGAACCCCCGCUCCACUGUGGAUCCUCCAGCUCCAGCAGCUGGCCGGGGCAGAGGCCAAGGCCGCUUCCAUUGAGGGGCAGUCUGCACACCUCCUUGUGAGGUGAAGGGGGGGAGGAAAUGGUGAUUGUCUGCUGUGUUCUCACUGGAGGUUAUUUAAAUAAAACUUAAAGGUUA